UUGUAUUAGCUAUUAGUGAAUAUGAUACUCUUGAAAACAUAUAAGCUUUGAUUAUCUUCACAAAGACUCAGAACUUAAUUGGGUAUCUUCAGAAGGGUUAUGAUACGUGUGAUGAUGCAAACAGCUCCUUUUAUUAUUGACAGAUAGUUGUUCAGUUUGCCCAAUUACUUUUUUUUUUUUUUAAGAAGAGAGUAAAUUCACUGUAAUGGAUGGACUACCAUAAUCUGAAUUUAUGGGACUCAAUGAGAAAUCAUGCCCUCUGUUUAAAGAGUGCCAGAGAAUCACCUUAGAACCACUUAAGAAAGAACAGAUACACAACCAGCUGGUUUGUGCUGUGAUGGAAAAUGUACGUCCUUACCUAGUAUUUUCAUAAGACUUAGAAAAAGAAGAAAAAAGAAUCUGAAAAUAAAUUGAUUUUUUACUGUAUAUCUUUUAUCAGGCUUCAAGUGACAUUAAAAUUAAAGUCAAACAUAAUAGUCAGCUGGGUCAUGCCAUGUGGAUGAAGUUUAUAGAUACUCUUUCAGCAGGAUAUUCAGAUAUUCAGUAAGGCAUAUUGUUGAGGAUACAAACUCUGGACUUGAACUUGCAUCCUAUCUCAGAGGACUUAGUUUUUUUGUCUAUAAAUGGACAAGAUAACACUAUCUACCUUGUGUAGCUGUUAUGAGAUUAAAAUAAAUUAAUGUCUAUAAGGGUGCAGCAACAAUAUCCAGAAUCAAUAAAUCUUAACCACUAUAAUUUAUUUUAGUAAUAAUGAUGAUGAUGAUGCUAAAACAUGCAGGAUGCAUCCUACUCUGGGUUUUCCUUUUUCUUUCUUGGUACAAUUUUUCUCGUUGCCUACUACACUUUGUAAUCCUGGUCUUUCUUCCCUGCCCGUUUGUCCGCUGUAGGAAAAUUGAUGGGACCCAUGAGGAAGAAGGUAACAUUGAGCUGAAUGAAGAAGGGAGGCCAGUGCAGACGUCCAGGCAGAGGCCCCCACUCUGUGACUGCCACUGCUGUGGGGUCCCCAAGCGCUACAUCAUUGCUAUUAUGAGUGGGCUGGGGUUCUGCAUCUCCUUUGGGAUUCGGUGCAAUCUUGGAGUUGCCAUUGUGGAAAUGGUCAAUAACAGCACUGUGUAUGUUGAUGGAAAACCAAAAAUUCAGACAGCACAAUUUAACUGGGACCCAGAGACGGUGGGCCUUAUCCAUGGAUCUUUUUUCUGGGGUUAUAUUGUGACACAAAUUCCAGGUGGUUUCAUUUCAAAUAAAUUUGCUGCGAACAGGGUCUUUGGAGCUGCCGUCUUCCUAACAUCGACCUUGAACAUGCUCAUUCCAUCUGCAGCCAGAGCGCAUUACGGCUGUGUCAUGGGUGUCAGGAUUUUACAAGGUUUAGUGGAGGGUGUGACAUACCCAGCAUGUCACGGGAUGUGGAGUAAGUGGGCACCACCUCUGGAGAGAAGCAGACUGGCUACAAUCUCCUUUUGUGGUUCCUAUGCAGGAGCAGUGAUCGCCAUGCCGCUGGCCGGGGUGUUGGUCCAGUACAUUGGAUGGGCCUCUGUCUUUUAUAUUUAUGGUAUUUUGGGGAUUAUUUGGUACAUGUUUUGGCUGUUGCAGGCCUAUGAGUGUCCAGCAGCUCACCCAACAAUAUCCCAGGAGGAGAGGACCUAUAUAGAGGCAAGCAUAGGCGAAGGAGCCAACUUGGUUAGUCUCAGUAAAUUUAAUACACCAUGGAAAAGAUUUUUCACGUCAUUGCCAGUGUAUGCAAUCAUUGUGGCCAAUUUUUGCAGAAGCUGGACAUUUUAUUUGCUGUUAAUAAGUCAGCCUGCUUACUUUGAAGAGGUCUUUGGAUUUGCAAUAAGUAAGGUGGGUCUCUUGUCAGCAGUCCCACACAUGGUUAUGACGAUCAUUGUGCCUAUUGGAGGACAACUGGCUGAUUAUUUAAGAAGCAGAAAAAUUUUGACCACAACUGCUGUCAGAAAAAUCAUGAACUGCGGAGGUUUUGGCAUGGAGGCAACCUUGCUCCUCGUGGUUGGCUUUUCCCAUACCAAAGGGAUGGCUAUCUCCUUUCUGGUGCUUGCUGUAGGAUUUAGUGGUUUUGCUAUUUCAGGUUUCAAUGUCAACCACUUGGACAUUGCCCCUCGCUAUGCCAGCAUUCUCAUGGGAAUCUCAAAUGGAGUGGGAACCCUCUCUGGAAUGGUCUGUCCCCUUAUUGUGGGCGCAAUGACCAAGCAUAAGACCCGUGAGGAGUGGCAGAACGUGUUCCUCAUAGCUGCCUUGGUGCACUACAGUGGCGUCAUCUUCUAUGGGGUCUUUGCUUCUGGGGAGAAGCAGGAGUGGGCAGACCCCGAGAACCUUUCUGAGGAGAGGUGUGGAAUCAUUGACCAGGAUGAAUUAGCUGAGGAGACAGAACUCAACCACGAGAGUUUUGCAAGUCCCAGAAAGAAGAUGUCAUAUGGAGCCACCACCCAGAAGUGUGAAGUCCAGAGGAAGGAAUGGAGAGGACAGAGCGGAGUGACCGUCAACGAGGAAGAGCUGACAUCCUACCAGAAUGAAGGGGAAAGCUUCCCAGAGGCAUCCUAAUGUCUGAGGGGCGCUCCCGGCUCCUCCUCACUUUAGAACCAGAAAGCAUCCAUGCCCAUUGUCUGCUCCACAGGCUGGCUUGCCAGGGGGUUAACUCUAGGGACGUUGCAUGUGGGGGAGCAGGGAGAGAUUUACUCAGCAGUUGGGAAACGGGAAACAACUUGCUCCAAGUUCAUAAAAUGUAUGGCUACAAGUUUUUUGAUUGGCAGUUGAUUCUUCUCUCAAAGAAAAAACUAUUCAGGAAGGAAUGAUUGGAAGAAUAAGAGACAAAAUGUCAUGUUUUUCAAAGAAAAAUGGAAGGAAAUGGGGAUAUUUGGCCUGGAGGAGAGAAAAAAAAUAGCUGCUACUACAUUUCUGAGAGUAGCCGUGUAGAGGUGGGUUUCCUAUUCCUGAUAAAGGCCACUGCUUUCAAAGGCCCUGUAUUGUGCCAGAUGCUUUAUUACAUUCUCAUUUAAUCUCCACACCCCAUGACAUACAUUUCUUAUCCCUAUUUUACAAUGAGGAAAAGAAAGCAACAAAAGAUGGACUUGCCCAGGGUGGUCCUGCCAAAGGCAGUGCUGAGAUUGCGUGCAUGCAUGCGUGCUCAGCCUUGUCGACUCUUUGCAACCCCAUGGACUUCAGCCCUUCAGGCUCCUCUGUUCAUGGGAUUUCCAGAGAAGAAUACUGGAGUGGGUUGCCAUUUCCUACUCCCAAGUGUUGAGAUUGGUGGAGUCCAAAACACAUGUCAGUUUGGGAGAAGAAGGUUUUGCUUCAGGUUAGAAGAGAUAUUUUUAAUAAUGAAAACUGUAAAUGGAGGGUGUUGUCAUGUGGAUAAUUCCCUAUCUUGGCAGGCAUGGAGGAUGGAAAACAUUUGGGUUGAUGUGGCAGAGAACAUACAAACAUCAUAUGGGGGACUGGAUUCAAAGCUCCUUAGGGUCCUAGGUAAUCUGAGAGCCAAGUGAGUCUGUGGAUUCAUAUGAAUGUUAAAGUUGCUUGUUUGUGUCCAGCUCUUUAUGACCCCCAUGGACUGUAGCCUACCAUGCAACUCCGCCCAUGGGAUUUUCCA